AUGAGUGUGCCUCAUCUGGUUGUGCUUUGCUGAGCUGUUGAGAUUAGCGUGCAGCUCGACUGAUCCGAACAUCGGCCACGCUGAUACGGAGAACCCAUGCCGACGAGCUUCCCAAUUCGGCCCCCCUCGGAGCUUAUCUUAUCAUUCAGCAACGUAACUCCGGCGGGCAAUCUGACGCCGCCGAUGCAAGGAGCCGGUGCAGAUGGCACAAGACUACACAUAAACACACUUGCUUCGCCAUCGCUAGGAGGGGAACUCUGAGUGCGGGAAUUGACAUUUCAUUCACCAAACAAACCAAGAAAAAGAAAAACGUACUCAUUUUCUUUGUUGACAAUUUUCGCAAUGGAGUAUAAACGCCAGCCGCCAGCUGCCGCCGCCGCCGUCAAGGUGAAGCCGCGUCUCAUCAUCCACGGCGGCGCUGGCAACAUCAAGCCGUCGAACCUCGCGCCGCCCGAGUACGAGGCAUAUCGCCGCGCCCUACUGACGAUUAUCGGCAAGACGAGCGCCUACCAGACGACGCCGCUCGCGUCCACGGCCCGGCUGCCCUCGGCCCUGGACACGGCGGCGCACGCCGUGGCGCUGCUCGAGGACAACCCGCUCUUCAACAGCGGGCACGGCGCCGUCUUCACGCGCGACGGCAUCAACGAGCUCGAGGCGUCCGUCAUGGUCACGCGCGGCCGCAAGAAGCGCGGCGUCGGCGUCACGGGCCUGCGGCACGUCAGGAACCCGAUCCUGCUGGCCAAGGCCAUCCUCGAGCACGGCGACGAGGACCUGGGGGGCCAAUCAGCCUCCUCCUUCUCCACAGUGCCCCCCGUCGCCGCCGCCGCCGUCGCCGUCGACGUGCCGAGCGCGCAGGGCCACACGCUCCUCCACGGGGAGACGGCCGAGACGCUGGCCCGGCAGUACGGGCUGCCGCUCGUGGACACAGGCUACUUCUUCACGCAGAAGCGGUGGGACGAGCACGUCCGCGCGCUGGAGCGGGAGAGGAAGGGGCAGGGGCCGAGCACGUGGAGCGCCGACGAGUUCCUGCCGCAGGGGACGGUGGGCGCCGUGGCGCUGGACGAGGACGGCGUCGUGUGCGCGGCGACGAGCACGGGCGGGCUGACGAACAAGCUGACGGGCCGCAUCGGGGACACGCCCGUCGUCGGGGCCGGCUUCUGGGCGGAGGAGUGGGUCGAGGACGGCGACCCGACCGGCGCCUUUGGUGGUGGCGGCGGCGGCGAGAAAGGGUCGGUGGUGCUCUCGGACGCCCUGCGGGGGUUGAUGGCAGACUGCCUGCCCUCGCUGCGGACGUACGCGCCCCUACUGCCGGCUGGCCUCGGGCCGCCGACGACGACGACGACGCGCGCGAUCGCCGUCUCGGGCACGGGCAACGGUGACUCCUUCAUGCGGGUGGCGGCGGGGCGGACGGUCGGCGCGGUGGCGCGGCGGAAGCCGCUGUCCGGGGCCGAGGCCGUGUCCUUCGUCUCCGGGCCGGGCGGGGAGCUUCAAAAGAGCGCGGGGGAGCGGUGGCGCGUGACGGGAGAGGGCGAGGGCGGCGUCAUCGGCAUCGAGGUCGCGGUGGCGCGCGACGCCGAGGGCCGCGUCGUGGGCGCGCGGUCGGCCGUGCUGCAGGACUUCAACUGCAACGGCAUGUACCGGGCGUGGGUCGGCGACGACGGCAGGGCCUACGCCAAGAUCUAUCGGGGGGACGUCGAGGGCGUAGAUGUCGGGGAACUGUGUGAAAAGUGGUGAGCUUUCGCCUCGCGCUUCGAUCUUUGCACCUAGAUUAUGAGGUCAAAUCACCCCCCCUUUUUGGAGUUGUCUUGGAAUCUGGUUGGGGGUUCAGCAUUUGCGGGGGGGGGGACAACACGAUAGAUCGAGACGAAGGAGUAGAUGGCGAGUUUGUUGGUACAAAUUUUUAACAAAACAUCUCUAUCCCACAGGUUCAGUACUCCUAUCAAACAUAAAGGGGGGG